UGCCAGCAAGGCAAACGGCCCCUCUAGCUGGCCAUUAAGUGCUGAUGGGGCACGAAUGGCCUGACUCCACCCAGGCUACCGGAUUUCAACCCGUCUUGCUCUUGCCAACCCGACUUGCUCCCGCUAAUACCCGACACCUCUGCUGACAUAGCAGCAUCUUCGAUCCCUGCAACUUUUGCCUUCUCUUGUUCCUAUUCCUCUUCGUUUUCGUCUCCAUCUUCCAAUUCAAAAUCGGAUUACACCCAGGAACCCUAAAUUCCCAAAUUUCCUGAAAUCGAACAAACACCCCAGAGCGGACACAAUCACUGAGGAGAAGGGGACCGGAAGAGCUGAGGAAGAAGAAGAUUACAGAGGAGUAGCAGACAGGAGAUGAGAGAUGCAUUAAGGAAGAAAGAGGGGAAAGCGGGAAAGCUUUGAGCUUUUUGGCGACGACGGCGAGAUCCAAAGUCAAUCAACGGCCACCCGCUGCACGAUCUUAUCUUCUUCCUCCAGAGCUCGGACACUGCGCCGUGAAGUUAAGUGGAGAAAUGGAACUUUGUACCAAUUUUGUUGAACUUUGUACUGCUGCAUAACUAAUUGAUGCUAGUCCGUGACACUCUAGCAAAAGGAAAACAUAUUUGAAGCUAUUUUCAGUUACCCGAUAAUAAUUUUCAGUGAGAACAGAAAAGAGACUGUUUCAAACUAGAACAUAGACCCAUCUGAUCUAUGUUUUCUUAUUGAAAAAACCACAUUAAAUUCUAACAUCACAUAAGCUGUUUACUCUCCUUGGAUUGUGUGAAAUAAGAACCUUGUUACGAUGCAGGUCACUGAGGUUUGGGACUUUGUUGGACAAGAGAUUGAAGUAAGGAAGUUCAUUGAUGCUGAUUCAAAGGAGGCAUCUGAUAAGGGGAAAGUUGUUGCUCCUUCUGCGGUUGAUGCUAUCCUUGAGCAGAUUAAGAAGAAGCCGAAGCUUAGUGUGCUCAACAAGACCAAGAAGGAUUGGGGAGAGUUCAAGGAAGAAAAUAAAGGGCUGGAAGAGGAGCUUGAUGCUUACAAGAAGAGCUCGAAUCAGUAUCUCGACAGGGUUUCUUUCUUGCAGCGUGCAGAUUACUGGGGAUUUGAGCGGGAGAGAGAUGUGAGGCUUGCAAUGCAAGUGAGAAUGAAGCCCGACAUGCGAGAAGACCUAUGACUAGAGGCGUCAAGAGAGUUUUGUCUGCUCUCGCACCUUCUGAAUUUGAAAGGGGAGUGUAUAGUUGAAGUCAUCUAUUACAGAAUAUAUCUAUAUUACCAAGAUUAGCGGGGAUAUUUGUAUCAUAUAUUUAUAACUAGCCUUAUUAGUUACUCAUAUAUUAGGCAAUAGAUAUUAGAUUUCCUCUUUUACUUUGUACACUGGCAGUAUAUGUACAUGAUCUGAAUAAUGAAAGAUUUGAGCUUCUGAGCUUCUAAUUUCACUAA